ACCUGUCUCUCCGUCUUUGUCGUCUUCUUUCGAUAGGGCCAUGGUGUUUGCUCACAUGUGCAUGUGCAGCACGUCCUACACUUUACUGUCAUGGUUGCCAACAUACUUCAAAGAAUCCUUUCCACAUGCCAAGGGAUGGGUGUAUAAUGUAAUUCCAUGGCUAGCUGCAAUCCCAUCAGCACUUGGUGGAGGAUAUGUUUCAGAUUUUCUCAUCAACCGAGGAUAUGGUGUAGUAACUGUGAGAAAGAUAAUGCAGUUCUUUGCCAUGGGCGUAUCGAGUAUAUUUAUCUUGCUUCUGUCUGGAGCUGUCACAUUUCCCUCCGCUGUGAUUUUCGUCUCUGCUGCUAUAUGUUUAUACACCUUCACCAGCGGUGGUGUGUCAGUGAACGUACAGGAUCUCACCCCAUCGUGUGCCGGUGCCCUCUAUGGUUUCAUGAAUAUGCUGGGUGCUUUUAUGGGACUGGUGUUGGUCUCGCUGUCGGGUUACCUGAUUGAGGUCACGCUGUCGUGGGCCACCGUGUUCUCCCUCAUCAGUUUAGUAAAUGCCACAGGCCUUGGGAUUUUCCUCAUCUUUGGAGAUGCUCAGCGUGUCGACCUGGAAGAUUACAGACGGGUUAUGGUGAUUUGACCCAGACCCUUUUGUCUGUAUCCGAUCUGGAAGACAGGGCAUUCAAAUCUCUAUCCAUAGUACAAAUAAAAGUGGAAGUACUGCAGACUUCCUCUUGAAAAUGAAGGAACCUGAAUAUUCCAGGCAAGUUUUAGUUCUGUUGUGUUUACUGUAAGGCAAGUUUAUUUAUAA